AUGUUCAGGUCAGCAGUCCAAGCCGCGCCUCGGCGCCUUUUACCUAUCCGAUCAGUCGUCAAAAGUUCUCCAAGGAGGUUUAUAAGCACAACACGACCGUCGCAGAAGUCAGGAAGUUGGAAGGGUAGUGCGGCAAGAUGGGCGCUAGCUGGUGGAGCAGUCUACUAUUAUAAUACAAGCAAUGUAUUUGCAGAAGAGCCGGAAGCGGCGGUUCAACGGCUAGACGAAACGAUAAAUAAUAUUAAAGAAUCCGAUCAACCAACGGUAGACGCUAUCGUGGAGGAGAAGAGACGAAGAGCGGCAGAACGAGCUGCAGAAGAGGAGCGACGAGAACGAGCCGCGGAGGCAGCGGCUGAAAAGGGAGGCGCUGGAGGCGAAGAAGAGGGCGAGGGAGGACUAGACGAUUUGGAAGGAGAGGCGGAUGCCCAAGGUGCUUUCAAUCCGGAAACGGGAGAGAUCAAUUGGGACUGUCCAUGCCUGGGAGGGAUGGCACAUGGGCCUUGCGGAGAAGAGUUCAGAGCUGCAUUCAGCUGCUUUGUAUACUCGAAGGAGGAUCCGAAGGGAGUGGAGUGUAUAGAUAAGUUCAAGGGUAUGCAGGAUUGUUUCCGACAACAUCCUGAGAUGUAUGGCUCGGAAUUAGACGAUGAUGAAGACGAGGUUGAAGAGGAGCUUCGCGCCAGACAGCAUGACGAAUUGGCAUCCCAAUCAGCUCCCGAAUCGAAGGAAGGAAGUGAUUCAACUGCGGAUGAGCCAACUGCGGAUGAGCCGGCAAACCAGCCAUCUGUCACAUCGGUUCAAGAACGUGCUUCAGCUGUAGAUGCACCGGGAUCCCAACCUUCUCCUAAUGCGGCGGAAGGUGCUUUAACGGGAACACAAACAACAGCCGAUGAGAAAGAACCUACAAUGACAUAUCGCGAUAGUCGGAACACAAAAUCUGGCGAAGCUCAAAAGGCUGGAGAUGAAUAUGGCGAGCUAAUACCAAAGGCGGCAUCGGAUGCUUCGUCGAAAUAG